AUGGCGACCAACAUCGCCCUCGAGACAACCAUGGGUACAAUAUUCGUCGAGCUCUACAAUGACCAUGCACCAAAAACAUGCAAGAACUUCUCUACCCUAGUCUCCCGCGGAUACUACGAUACUCUCCUAUUCCACCGCAUUAUUCCCUCUUUCAUGCUACAGACCGGUGAUCCCACGGGCACCGGCCGCGGCGGCUCCUCGAUAUAUGGCGAGAAAUUCGAAGACGAGAUCUCACCCGCGCUGAAGCACACAGGCGCAGGGAUCCUCAGUAUGGCGAACAGCGGCCCGAAUACGAAUGGUAGUCAAUUUUUCAUCACGUUGGCGCCGACGCCGUGGCUGGAUGGGAAACAUACGAUUUUUGGGAGGGUGACUAGGGGGCUGGCGGUUGUGAAGAGGAUGGGACUUGUGAGGACUGGGGCGGAGGAUAGGCCGGUGGAGGAGGUUAGGAUUUUGAAGGCGAGGGUUGUGGAAGGUGAUGCGGAAGAAUGA